UUACUAGGGGCAGAGCACUGGACUAAGCGCUUGGAUUAUACGACUCGGCAGCUGAGACCAUCCCUCCCCAGUGACGGGCUGGAAGUCGAAACGGGGCAGACAGCAGAGCAAAACAGAACAAAACAAAAACAACAUGAAGAUAAACAGAAUCAUGGAGAUAGAUAGACACCUCAUUAACGAAAUAAAUAAGGUCUCCCCCCGUCCCCCGCACCAUGCGCUUCCCCCCAUCCCUGCUGCUACUGCUACUCUAUCACGGGGCCGUCGGCUACCUGCCCCCUCCGCCUGACCUGAGACGGGACCGAGGGACCGGAGUCAGCUCCCCUCCCCGCACAUCUUCCCUAGAGCCCCAGCACCUGCCUUCCCCUCCCGUGUUCCUGGAGGGUCCUGGGGCCCUUACUUUCCUCCAUCACCGCCCUCGGGUCCCUCGGGCCAAUCACUGGGACCUGGAGCUACUGACCCCGGGGAACCUGGAGCGUGAGUGUAUAGAAGAACGCUGUGACAAGGAGGAGGCCCGAGAGUUCUUUGAGGACGACUUUAGCACGGAGCUCUUCUGGGAGUCGUACAUCUUCAACGGGAAAGGCGGAGGUGGCCUCGGGAAGGGCUUGGACGUGGCCGGGCUGACCGUGGGGCUGACGGUCGCCCUGCUGCUGCUGCUCUUGACGGGGCUGGGAGUCUACUGGUACCUGAGCUGCUACCGGGACCGUGCCCGAGGCCCCAAUGGGGCCUGCAGGGCGGGGCUGGGGGUGGAGGAAAUACCCCUGCAACCGACGCCCGCCGUCUCGCCCGUCCCGCUGCCCGACCUGGCCCCGGGACUCCCGUCCUACGAGCAGGCCCUGCAGGCCUCAGGCGUCCACGACGCCCCGCCGCCCCCCUACCACGGCAAACCACCCCAACGGCCUCGCCGAGGAGACCCCGCCCCAUCGCCCCCGCCGACCAAUCCCUAGGCC